UAAGUGAUCAUAACAAUGGUGAAUGAGGUAGUUUUUUUGAGUAGCUGGGUCAGCCCUUUUAGUAUGAGGAUCAAAAUAGCCUUGGCCGAGAAAGGAAUCAAGUAUGAGUACAAGGAAGAGAACCUGCAAGACAAGAGUCCUCUGCUUCUGAAGAUGAACCCUGUUUAUAAGAAGGUUCCUGUUUUGAUUCAUAAUGGAAAACCCAUCUGUGAAUCCCUUAUCAUUGUUCAAUACAUUGAUGAGGUUUGGAAGGAGACAUGUCCAUUGCUGCCCUCUGAUGCUUACCUCCGAGCUCAAGCCAGGUUUUGGGCUGAUUUCAUCGACAAGAAGGUAUUCGAAUGGGGUUAGAAAACAUGCAUGUCAAAAGGAGAAGAGACCGAGGCAGCAAAGAAGGAGCUGAUAGAGUCUUUGAAAGUGUUGGAAGGAGAGCUU